CAUAAAUUCUCUUACGCAACUCUAAAAAAUUAAUUAUAACUCCGGAAAACACAAUACACAACCUCGUAGUGAGAACUCACAAGCAGCGGAUUCGUUUUUCUUCGUCGACGAGCGGGCAUUCCACUCUCUGUUGGACGCCGUCCACAGUUGUCACCCCUGCGUAGUUGUUCUCGGGCAAGUAGUGAGGAAGGUUGGAACUCUAGGGCUUUCCCAAAAUCCUGUGAGUUAGUUCUGUUUGAGCAUCUGUAUUGACAUGGCGGCCUCUUUCCGAGCAUUCCUGAACAGUCCAGUUGGUCCAAAAACAACCCAUUUUUGGGGACCUGUUGCCAAUUGGGGAUUUGUUGCUGCAGGGCUGGCGGACAUGAAUAAGCCUCCCGAAAUGAUCUCAGGCAACAUGACUGCAGCAAUGUGUGUAUAUUCAGCUUUGUUCAUGAGAUUUGCAUGGAUGGUCCAACCACGCAACUAUCUGCUGCUCGCUUGUCAUGCUUCAAAUGAGACUGUGCAACUGUACCAACUCUCCCGCUGGGCAAAGGGAAACGGGUACUUGUCAGAGAAGAAGGAGGAAGGUGCAUCCAAGUAAAUUGAUGCUGAUUUUCCUUUUACUAUGCCCAUGUUAAUAAAAUACUCUGCCCAUGGGAGUCAUGUAAAGCAUUUUGCUUUUGAUCAGUCAAAUGCAAGAAUGAGUUGAUUAUAUGUGGUUUUUUUGUUGAUUGUAUCUUCUAUUUGACUGAUUAUUCAAAAUUCAAAACUUUCAGUAAUAAGCUGUGAAAUGACUUUGAUUGCAGAUUUUGGUUAA